AUGUCGAUCCUUGUCAAUGGGAGUUCUACCAAAGAGUUUGAUGUUUGUAGAGGAUUGAGACAAGGUGAUCCGCUUUCACCUUUUCUCUAUGUCAUAGUGGCGGAAGGGCUAACGGGGCUUGUGAGAAAAUCCAUACAAGUUGGAGAGUUUGGAAGAUUUGAUAUUAAAGGUUCUUGUUGGGUGAAUAUCCUUCAAUUUGCGGAUGAUACUUUAAUUGUGGGAGAAGGCACUUGGAAGCAUGUUUGGGCAAUUAAAGCGGUUCUUAGAGAUUUUGAACUUGUCUCGGGCCUUGGAAUUAAUUAUCACAAGAGUAAGUUGAUUGGUAUAAACAAUAGCAAUUCUUUUUUGGAAGCGGCUUAUUUUUUACUUUCUUGUAAAGUGGAGGAGAGCAACUUUCAUUUUCUUGGCAUCCCGAUUGGUUUCGACCCUAGAAAAGAAUCGACUUGGAAUGCUUUAUUAGUGAAGAUGAAGAAGAGGUUGGGAGGUUGGUAG